CCCACUUUCCCAGCUUCCUCCCUGCAAGAGGGGGAAGGUGGCUUUCGUCUCCUCUGCAGGAGCUGCCUCAGUUUCCCUUCAGGGACCUGAAUUUGCUAAAACCACUCAUUAGGACAGGCAGAACUUGGCAGAAGACGUAGGGACUUCUUUCAAUUUCUUGGAGGUGUCCUGAGAACAGAGAUGGAUGAGCAAGACUCAGCUGGGCCUGAAGCAGGAAGGCUUCGUUCCAUCCAAACUCUUAGCCAUGGAGGAAUCUGGGGAAAGUCUGUCCAAAGGAUCCUGGGUGAGGAGGACACCCUCCGCUCAGAUGUGCAGAGCCAGCAACUCAGGCGGCUUUGCAACCAGGAGGCCAAAGGACCUCGAGAGGUUUGCAACCGACUCUACCACCUUUGCCGCCAGUGGCUGAAACCAGAGACCCACACGAAAGCUGAGAUGCUGGACCUGGUGAUCUUGGAGCAGUUCCUGGCUGUCCUUCCAGCAGAGAUGGAGAGCUGGGUGAGGGAAUGUGGAGCGGAGACCAGUUCCCAGGCGGUGGCCCUGGCUGAAGGUUUCCUUCUGAGUCAGGCAGAGCAGCAGGGGAAGGAUCAUUUUCCAGAAAUGGGUUUGGAUUCCUCUGAGGUAGAGAGAACUCCGUUGGACUCUAGAGAGAGGCCACUGGGAGACCGAAGGAUGCCAGCAAGACCUGUUUGUCCAUCUUUUCUUGGUGGCGAAGGGGAAGCUGCCCCUGUGGAACCAGAGCAGGGUCCAUUGUGCUUUGAAGAUGUAGCUGUGCAUUUCACAGACGAGGAGUGGGCGUUGCUGGAUCCUGAGCAGAGAGCUCUGCACAAGGAAGUCAUGGAGGAGAAUCGUGGGAUCUUGGACUCUCUCGGUGGUGAUGAAUUGGAGCUGAAGAACGAGGGAGACCACGACAAAAGCCACAGAGUGGAGAAGUCAUAUCCAUAUUCAGAGUGCAGAGAGAGCUUCAGUCAGAGCUCCCAUUCCACUUCAAAUCAAAGAACUCCCCUUGAGAAGAAACCCCAUCAGUGCUUGGAAUGUGGAAAGAGCUUCAGGGAGAACAACCAGCUCACUGUCCAUCAGAGAAUUCAUACAGGGGAGAAACCCUAUCAGUGCCAAGAGUGUGGAAAGAGCUUUAGUCAAAAGGGCAGUUUAAAUACCCAUCAGAGAAUUCAUACAGGGGAGAAACCUUAUCACUGCUUGGAGUGUGGCAAGAGCUUCUUUCAAAGAAGCCAGCUCACUGCCCAUCAGAGGAUUCAUUUGAGGGAGAAACCUUAUCGAUGCUUUGAAUGUGGAAGGAGCUUCAGUCAGAGCACCCAGCUCACUUUCCACCACAUACUUCAUUCCGGGGGGAAACCAUAUCACUGCUUGCAAUGUGGAAAGACUUUCACUUGGAAAAUAAGUCUCACUUCCCAUCAGAGAAUUCAUACAGGUGAGAAACUCUAUCACUGCUUGGAAUGUGGAAAGAGCUUCAGGGAGAGAAACAAGCUCACUGUCCAUCAGAUAAUUCAUACAGGGGAGAAACCUUAUCAGUGCCAAGAGUGUGGAAAGAGCUUCACUCAAAAGGGCCGUUUAAAUUCCCAUCAGAUAAUUCAUAGAGGAGAAAAACCUUAUCACUGCUUGGAGUGUGGCAAGAGCUUCUUUCGAAGACGCCAGCUCACUGUCCAUCAGAGAAUUCAUAUAGGCGGAGAACCCUAUCAGUGUUUGGAAUGUGGCAAGAGCUUCCGGGAGAGAAGCAAUCUAACUGUCCAUCAGAGAAUUCAUAUAGGGGGAGAACCCUAUCAGUGCCAAGAGUGUGGAAAGAGCUUCAGUCAAAAGGGCAGUUUAAAUUCCCAUCAGAGAAUUCAUACAGGGGAAAAACCAUAUCAGUGCUUGGAAUGUGGCAAGAGCUUCUCUCGAAGAGGCCAACUCAUGGCCCAUCAAAAAAUUCAUACAGGGGAGACACCCUAUCAGUGCUUGGAAUGUGGAAAGAGCUUCAGUCACCAAGGCCAGCUCAAUGUCCAUCAAAGAAUUCAUACAGGGGAGAAGCCAUAUCAGUGCUUGGAAUGUGGAAAGAAAUUCACCCAGAGCUCCAAUCUCACAAUCCAUCACAGAAUUCAUACAGGGGAGACACCCUAUCAGUGCUUGGAAUGUGGAAAGAGCUUCAGUCACCAAGGCCAGCUCAAUGUCCAUCAAAGAAUUCAUACAGGGGAGAAGCCAUAUCAGUGCUUGGAAUGUGGAAAGAAAUUCACCCAGAGCUCCCAUCUCACAAUCCAUCACAGAAUUCAUACAGGGGAGAAACCCUAUCAGUGCUUGGAAUGUGGAAAGAGAUUUAUUGUGGAGGCCAAACUCAGGAUCCAUCAAAGAAUUCACAGCAAGAGAAAACUAUUUUAGUGCCAAGAAUGUGGGAAGAGCUUCAGUCACAGGGCCCGUCUCGCUUCCCAUCAAAGAACUCACAUUGAUGGCAAAUUAUAGUAGUGGCUGUAUACAGAUUUAAUUUUAGGAGCCCUUAGUUUGUAUGAGGUGAGAAUUGCAGUUGGGUUCUUUGCCACAUCUGGUGCCCCGUAGUAAUUCCUACAACAUACCCAAGAACUGUGACUUUCAAGUUCUUGGCCAAGGUGUUUAAUACCUUCUUCAGAGUUGAAGGUAUUCCUUUCUCUUGGCAGAUAAAGAUGAGCAGGAGACCGCAAAGGUUGCAAUUUGAAUUGGGUUGCAACGCUGGGACAAUUAGAAUAAGAUCCACUAUUUGACUAUUGACUCAAAACCCUAGAAUGCAUUUUAUAUAUCGGACUUUUUAUUUUUAUUCUUUGUAUAUUGUAUUGUUGUUUUAUUGGUAUGGCAAGUGGCUGACGCAAAUAAAGAUUUAUUCAUUCAUUGAA